AAAAUAUUUGUUAAGGUCAGCAGACGGCAGCAGAUCCAUUCUACCUCUUAGACUUAUACUUCCGCUGCAUCGUUAGACUUUUAUUAGUCGCUAUUUUCUGAACUUCCCCUCAAAGAUUUCAUUGAUCAGAUCCGUGCUUCGGGUUUCAUUUCUCAUUUCUUAACUGAAAGAAGCCAUGGAUUUUAGCAAUUUAAAUCGUCCGCAGAUUACUCUGAUGGGAUCCGCGUUUUGUGCGGUGCUUUCAUUGCAUUUCACCCUGCAGCUUGUGUCACAGCAUCUUUUUUACUGGAAAAACCCAAAGGAGCAGAAAGCUAUACUAAUCAUUAUCCUUAUGGCCCCUAUUUAUGCUGCUGUCUCCUUCGUGAGUUUAUUGGAUAUUAAAGGAAGCAAAGCGUUCUUCAUGUUUCUGGAAUCAGUCAAGGAAUGUUAUGAGGCUUUAGUGAUUGCGAAGUUCAUGGCUUUGAUGUAUAGUUAUUUGAAUAUAUCAAUUAGCAAAAAUAUUGUACCUGAUGAAAUCAAAGGAAGAGAGAUUCACCAUUCGUUUCCAAUGACCCUUUUUCAGCCUCGAACAGUUAGGCUUAACCACAAUACACUAAAGCUUCUCAAGUAUUGGACAUGGCAAUUUGUUGUCAUCCGCCCGGUGUGUUCAGUCUUGAUGAUAACACUGCAACUUCUACGGUUUUAUCCUUCUUGGUUGAGCUGGACAUUCACAAUCAUCCUCAAUGUGUCUGUUUCAUUAGCGUUAUAUUCUUUGGUAGCCUUUUACCAUGUCUUUGCAAAAGAGUUGGAACCUCACAAGCCACUUGCAAAGUUCAUGUGCAUCAAGGGAAUUGUUUUCUUCUGCUUUUGGCAGGGAGUGGUGCUUGACAUACUUGUUGCGGUGGGCUUCAUAAAAUCCCAUCAUUUCUGGUUGGACGUGGAGCACCUUGAGGAAGCUCUUCAAAACGUAUUGGUGUGUCUAGAGAUGGUUGUAUUCGCAGUUCUCCAGCAGUAUGCAUACCAUGUUUACCCAUAUAGUGGAGAUGUUGAAGCUAAGCUGAAGCUGGGAAAGAAAAAUGAAUGAUUUUUUUCUUCUGUCGGAUUAGAACAUAAUUUUCAUGAAUGCUUAUAAUCUGUUUUGUAAUCGCCUUUGUAUAUCAAUUCAAACAUAGAUAUUAUUGAAGUAAGCAAGAUUUUCACGAUACUAACUACGUGAGAACAUUAAGUAA